AUGCGUCCUCUCUCACCUUCUCUUGCCCUGCUGGCGUUUUUCCACCUAGCCCUCGCCUCACCGAUCAAUACCUCCUCUGGAUCAUCCUGCGACCCACCAAGCGAGAAGCACAAGCCCGGGUCAACAGAUGACUACAUCAACUGGCGCACGUUUUCUGGCCACGGCGUCAAUCUAGGCGGCUGGCUCGAGCAAGAGUCCACCAUCGACACCACAUGGUGGUCCACCUAUGGAGCCAACGCCGCCGACGAAUGGACCAUUUGUGCAAAUCUAGGACCCGAGGAAUGUUCGCGGGUCUUUGAAGCUCGAUACAGAACUUUCAUCACAACGUCCGAUAUCGAUCGGCUCGCUGGCGCGGGGGUCUCGAUUCUUCGCAUCCCCACGACCUACGCCGCCUGGGUGCGAGUUCCGGGGUCACAAUUGUACUCGGGUCAUCAGCAGGAGUAUCUGCGAAAAGUCGCGGACCAUGCGAUCAAGAAGCAUGGGAUGCAUAUCAUAUUGGACCUUCAUUCACUUCCUGGCGGGACGAACGGUUUGGAUAUUGGUGAAAAGGUGGGCAAUUGGGGCUGGUGGCAUAAUGAGACCGCGCUGGAAUGGUCACUUCGCGCCGUGGACGCGGUCGUCGCCUUUGUACAGUCGUCGACGAGACCGCAGAGCUACACCAUUGAACCGAUAAAUGAGCCGGUUGAUAAUCGGGAUUUUGCGACUUUCGGCACGCCUGCUGCUUUGUCGGAUCUCGGCGCGCAAUGGCUGCUCCUGUACUUCCGCGAGGUGAUUGCGCGGGUGAAGAAAGUGAAUCCGCGGAUUCCCGUGAUGUUGCAGGGAAGUUUCCAGACGGAGGAGUUCUGGUCGCCGCAUUUUGAAGCCUCGGAGAACAUUGUCUUCGACUUGCAUCAUUACUAUUUCCAAUUCCCGCAGGCGACAAGCGCAAACGUGUCGACGUAUAUUUGCAGGGAUGCCAGAGCUUCGGCGGGUGAUGGCAAGUUUCCUACUUUCGUGGGCGAAUGGGCGAUUGAGACUGGAGGUCGGAAUGAACUGGCAUUGCGUGGACAGAAUUUGCAGGCGGGUCUGUCGGCGUGGUCGCAAUUCACUCGUGGUAGUACUUAUUGGACGGCCAAGUUCUGGAACAAUGCGACCGUGGUAGGUGAGGGGAUCAAGCAGGAUUAUUGGAAUUAUGAGGAGAUGAUCGCGGAGGGCACGUUCAAGGGAAAGUCCCUGAUCAAGGAUUUCUGUAGUUAG